UCCUUCAGUUUCUUUGUUUCUCUUUAUAAAUAAGUAGAAAACUUUUCUUUAGAUCAGAGAGCAAAGGGGCCAGAGAAGAGCCCUUAAGAAGUUUUUAUUUGUGCCAACAUAGAAGUGCUUUGUGGUAGGCCAUCUGGACUGGGAGGAUUUCCUCAGAAUGUAAAGUAUGUCGUGAGAUUUAGAGAGCUGGGAUUUGCUCUGGAACUAUCUGGGAAGGCAGCAGGAAACGUGGACAGAACUGGUUUAUAUUGCUUUAACGUAAGUGGCAAGAAUGGAAGACAGCUUGCCUGGUCUCGCUUCAGUGUGUGCUGCCUCUGCACUUACGAACUUCUGCACUGAUGAUAGUAUUUCUGCUGCAAGUACUUCUGAUGUUCAAGAUCGCCUCUCAGCUCUUGAGUUAAGAGUUCAACAACAAGAAGAUGAAAUCACUGUGCUAAAGGCAGCUUUGGCUGAUGUUUUAAGGCGUCUUGCAAUCUCUGAAGAUCAUGUAGCCUCAGUGAAGAAAUCAGUCCCAAGUAAAGGCCAGCCAGGCCUUCGAGAAGCUAUUUCCAUGUCCUGUAUAACCAACGGGAGUGGUUCAAACAGAAAACCAAGUCACACCAGCUCUGUCUCAAUCGCAAGAAAAGAAACUCUUUCAUCUGCUGCUAAAAGUGGUACAGAAAAAAAGAAAGAAAAACCACAAGGACAGAGAGAAAAAAAAGAGGAAUCUCACUCUAAUGAUCAAAGUCCACAAAUUCGAGCAUCACCUUCUCCCCAACCCUCUUCACAGCCUCUCCAAAUACACAGACAAACUCAAGAAAGCAAGAAUUCUACUCCCACCAAAAGCAUAAAACGACCAGCAACAGCUGAAAAGUCACAUAAUUCAUGGGAAAAUUCAGAUGAUAGCCGUAACAAAUUAUUCAAGGCAGUUUCAACAUCAAAAUUAAUAUCCAAAGUUAUAAAAAAUACAGACAAGCAUAAAGAUGUCAUCAUCAACCAAGCAAAAAUGUCAACCCGUGAAAAAAACAGUCAAGAAGGAGAAUAUAUUAAAAUGUUUAUGCGAGGUCGGCCAAUCACAAUGUUCAUUCCUUCUGAUGUUGACAACUAUGACGACAUCAGAACAGAACUGCCUCCUGAGAAGCUCAAACUGGAGUGGGUAUAUGGUUAUCGUGGAAAGGACUGUCGGGCUAAUGUUUACCUUCUUCCUACUGGGGAAAUUGUUUAUUUCAUAGCAUCAGUAGUAGUACUAUUUAAUUAUGAGGAGAGAACUCAACGACACUACCUGGGUCAUACAGACUGUGUGAAAUGCCUUGCUAUACAUCCUGACAAAAUUAGGAUUGCAACUGGACAGAUAGCUGGAGUGGAUAAGGAUGGAAGGCCUUUGCAACCCCAUGUCAGAGUGUGGGAUUCAGUUAGUCUAUCUACACUGCAGAUUAUUGGACUUGGAACUUUUGAGCGUGGAGUAGGAUGCCUGGAUUUUUCAAAAGCAGAUUCAGGUGUUCAUUUAUGUGUUAUUGAUGACUCCAAUGAACACAUGCUUACUGUAUGGGAUUGGCAGAAAAAAUCAAAAGGAGCAGAAAUAAAGACAACAAAUGAAGUCGUUUUGGCUGUGGAAUUCCAUCCAACAGAUGCAAAUACCAUAAUAACAUGUGGUAAAUCUCAUAUUUUUUUCUGGACCUGGAGUGGCAAUUCACUAACAAGAAAACAGGGAGUUUUUGGGAAAUAUGAAAAACCAAAAUUUGUGCAGUGUUUAGCAUUCUUGGGGAAUGGAGAUGUGCUUACUGGAGACUCAGGUGGAAUCAUACUUAUAUGGAACAAAACUACUGUAGAACCCACACCUGGGAAAGGGCCAAAAGGUGUUUAUCAGAUCAGCAAACAGAUUAAAGCUCAUGAUGGCAGUGUGUUCACAUUCUGUCACAUGAGAAAUGGGAUGUUAUUAACUGGAGGCGGUAAAGAUAGAAAAAUAAUUCUAUGGGAUCAUGAUCUGAAUCCUGAAAGAGAAAUAGAGGUUCCUGAUCAGUAUGGAACAAUCAGAGCUGUAGCGGAAGGAAAAGCAGAUCAAUUCUUAGUUGGCACAUCACGAAACUUUAUUUUACGGGGAACAUUCAAUGAUGGCUUCCAAAUAGAAGUACAGGGUCACACAGAUGAGCUUUGGGGUCUUGCCACACAUCCCUUCAAAGAUUUGCUCUUGACUUGUGCUCAGGAUAGACAGGUGUGCAUGUGGAACUCGGCGGAACACAAGCUGGAAUGGACCAGGCUCGUAGAUGAACCAGGACACUGUGCAGAUUUUCAUCCAAGUGGCACAGUGGUGGCCAUAGGAACGCACUCAGGCAGGUGGUUUGUUCUGGAUGCAGAAACCAGAGAUCUAGUUUCUAUCCACACAGAUGGGAAUGAACAGCUCUCUGUGAUGCGCUACUCAGUAGAUGGCACCCUCCUGGCUGUAGGAUCUCAUGACAACUUUAUUUACCUCUAUGUGGUCUCUGAAAAUGGAAGAAAAUAUAGCAGGCAUGGAAAGUGCACUGGACAUUCCAGCUAUAUCACACACCUUGACUGGUCCCCAGAAAACAAGUAUAUAAUGUCUAACUCGGGAGACUAUGAGAUACUGUACUGGGACAUUAAAGAGAACUGCAAACUAAUCAGGAAUCGAUCACACUGUAAGGACAUCGAUUGGACAACAUAUACCUGUGUGCUAGGCUUUCAAGUCUUCGGUGUCUGGCCAGAAGGAUCCGAUGGGACAGAUAUCAAUGCGCUCGUGCGCUCCCACAAUAGAAAAGUGAUCGCUGUGGCUGAUGACUUUUGCAAAGUCCAUCUGUUUCAGUAUCCCUGCUCCAAAGCGAAGGCUCCCAGUCACAAGUACAGUGCCCACAGCAGCCAUGUCACCAAUGUCAGUUUUACUCACAAUGACAGUCACCUGAUUUCAACUGGUGGAAAAGACAUGAGCAUCAUUCAGUGGAAACUUGUGGAAAAGUUACCUCUGCCUCAAAAUGAGAUUGUAGCGGAUACUACGCUAACCAAAGCCCCCAUCUCUUCCAUUGAGAGCAUCAUGCAGUCCGAUACUCCCACACCACCUCCUUCCCAGCCCUCAAAUGAGACAGCUGAAGAAGAAAGUAGGGUAAGCAGUUCUCCCACACUUCUGGAGAACAGCCUGGAACAGACUGUGGAGCCCAGUGAAGGCCGCAGCGAGGAGCAGAGUGAGGGGGGCAGUGAAGAGCUGGGCGAGCCUGUCUGUGAAGAGCCAGCCAGCGAGAUAAGCGAGGAGCACAGCGAAGCUGCUCUUCCUGAGGACCAGCAAGACCCCUCACCCCUGUCCUAACACCAGGGCUUCAGUGCAGUUCACUUUCUUCCUUCAACUGCAUGUGGCCUGGUGACAGUUCAGGUAACAGGCCAGGAAGUGAUGGAGAGUCACUAUUGGUGGAGAUUCUGGUUUCCACGUAAUCUGUUUUCAAUAGUCUUAUCUUCCGUCUCUUAAAUGCAGUCGAUCUAAAGGUUCAGUUUGGUGUGUGUUAAAAAUUAACCAAACUUAAUAGGAAAAGACUGAAACAUCAAUUAUGUCUCAGAAAUUACUGUGUGAGUGGUGUGAUGUAAAUACUGGAAACAAAAACAUCAGUUGUAUAGAUAUAAACCCCUUGCUAUCAGAACAGGUUUUCUUCAGGAACAACCAGAGGCAUCACAGACACUGUUACUCAUCUGCUGGCUCAGACUAUGCUAUGUUUUUUUUUCCUAACGCUGAAAAAAGAAGUCAGGAAAAAAAAAGAAAAACCAAAAAAACCUUUUAGUUACGAAAAACUUCAGUUUUGCCACGAGCAGUGGUGUUGCCUUCUUGAAUAACACCACCAUUUCCUUAGCCUGCCAGUAGAUGUCCAGAUGUGCUUGAUAGUGUACUGCGUAGGUGCUGCCUUUUCUAAGAGUGAGGAAUAGUCCCUUUAUUUCCUGUGUGCAAAAUAUCUAUAUUUUAUCUUAGAGCUAAGAAAGCAGUGGUUUGUUAAAGAGCUUUUAAUGUAUAUGAAACUGUUGAUACUCAGAAAUAAUGGAUUCCUCCAAGGAUUCCUUUACCGGCCUAAACAUUUUCAGAUGUUUGGCAUUCAAGUGACUAGAAGAGAAAAAACCGCAUGCCUAUAAAGCUAAAUAAAUUUGGCUAAUUUUAGCUUAGCCUUCAUCCUAAUUUGUUCCCUCAGUAACAGAGAUAUUAAUACAGUAAAUUUAAGAUUGAAUUGGUGCUUGAAAUUCAUUGGUUUAGUUAUAAUUUUUAUACAGAUUGAGGGAUAAAAUACUCAGCAAAUUGCAAAUUUUUUAUAGGAGUGUUCAAAAUAGUAAUUUUUUUAUAAAUUGCAUACUUAACAGACUUGCUCUGUAUGGUGAUUUUUUCUUUGAUGGAGUUUUGCUAUAAGCCCUGCAACUCUGAUGUGGCUGUCCUCUGCUGUUUUGGGCAGUGCAUGUAUUAUUAUGCAUUGGAUAGUUUUUUUAAGUUUUGUCAGAUGAUUAUGUUUUCCUUAAGUGUAUGUUUCCUAUUUUCAAAAUAAUUACUGACAAAUAUGCAUUUCCUAUAUAUUUGUUUAUACUUUGAUUAUAAAAAAACUUUGUUUUAUUUUUUAACUUGCUGCAUUGUUUUGAUAUCUUUUUUUUUUAGUUAGAUCAUGUUUAGAAACUUUGGAUGAGUUAAAAAGUCUUAAGUAUGCAAGUGUUUACGUGAUUGUGCCAUUCCAAAGUGCAUCAAAACUGUCAUUCCCUUCUAGAAUCUUCUCAGGAGUAAUACAAAUCAGGUAUUUCAUCACCAUUUGGUAAUAUACAAACUCCAGUGAACUCCCCAGGACACUCACAACAUUUGUAUUCACAUGCUGUGUGUAAGGGUGUGUGUAUGUGUGAGGGGUGAGUGUAUACACUUACUCUGUGUGUGUAUCUCUAUGGAAGACAGACGCCACAUUGAAAAUACUCCGUGUAUCUCUGUGUGUCUUUGUGUCCAUGUAUAUCUCUCUCCUUUUGUUUACAAACUGUUAAAAAAAAAAAAAAAAAAACCUCAAAGUAGUUCUCUUCAAAAGAAGAGAUAGAUUCCAAGGAACCCAUCAUUUUUCAGUCUGUACAUAAUUAUCAGAGAGCAGCAGCAGUAUCAGGCACAUAUAUUUGCCUAUCAGCUGUAGUGAUUAAGUCAUCAGGUCAGCAUGUGCUCUUCCCUGUAAGGAAAAUACUAUGAGAUGAACAAGUAAUUCUAGAAGAAAAAGCAUUUCCUUAAGUACCUGGGGGAUACCGCUCUCCAUGAUAAGCAGGGAGUUUAUCUGGGGACAUGCGUCACCUUUGGGGUUGCUGUGUACAAUGAGAUUUAUAAUCGUGAUACUCUUGGCUGGUAGUUUCAAGACACUACUAAUACGCAGAAGGAGCUCCAGCUCUCGAUUGCUGGCAACUACUGUUUAACAGUCAAUGAAAUCUGUGAUAAUGGUUGGAAGUGGGUGGGAUUAUGAAAUUGUAGACGUUUUUAGAAAAACUUGUGAAUGAAAAUGAAUCCAAGUGUUUCAUGUGAAGAUGUUGAGCCAUUUCUAUCAUGCAUUCCUGUCUCAUGGCAGAAAAUUUUGAAGAUUAAAAAAUGUUUCAUUUGUCUCUCUAAA